ACAACUUGCAAAAGCUAAAGCUUCUGAUUCUAAGUUUAUCUUUUUUAAAGAUAAAGAUUUUUCAAGUGAUUCAGAUAGUGAUUUUGAACUAUAUAAUAAAGUUUUAAAACAAACUAUAAGUAACCUUAGAAAGCUUGAAUUAGUUUAA